AACUUUCAUGAGAUGCCCAGGUGGGGAUUUGAAAAGAAGCCCAAAGUAAAUUAAUCAAAUCUCUCUCCUUUCUGUAAGAAAAAUGGCUGCAACAAUUACAGCUGGUUCAACUGCAACCAUUACCAAAUCUUCAUUCCUUGCUCCUUCCAAGACCUUCAACAAUGCUCCCAGAAACAGAGUAUCCUUUACCACCAUUGCUAAGCCCAUAUAUGCAACUUCAAAUGAUCUGUGGUAUGGACCAGACCGUGUUAAGUACUUGGGCCCCUUCUCUUCACAGACUCCUUCAUAUCUGAAUGGGGAAUUCCCUGGAGACUAUGGUUGGGAUACUGCAGGGCUCUCUGCUGAUCCUGAGGCCUUUGCUAGAAACAGGGCUCUUGAGGUAAUUCAUGGGAGAUGGGCAAUGCUUGGAGCCUUGGGAUGCAUCACUCCUGAGGUUUUAGAGAAGUGGUUGAGGGUGGAUUUCAAGGAGCCUGUGUGGUUCAAGGCUGGUGCUCAAAUCUUUACAGAAGGUGGCCUGGACUACUUGGGAAACCCUAAUUUGGUCCAUGCUCAGAGCAUUCUUGCAGUGUUGGGAUUUCAGGUGAUUUUGAUGGGUUUGGUUGAGGGAUUCAGAAUCAAUGGUUUGCCUGAUGUGGGUGAGGGUGGGGAUUUGUACCCUGGGGGAAAGUACUUUGAUCCAUUAGGUCUGGCUGAUGAUCCAGAGACAUUUGCUGAGCUCAAGGUGAAGGAAAUUAAGAAUGGAAGACUGGCCAUGUUUUCCAUGUUUGGUUUCUUUGUGCAGGCCAUAGUUACUGGGAAGGGACCCUUGGAGAAUUUGUUGGAUCACCUUGAUAACCCUGUUGCUAACAAUGCAUGGGAAUAUGCAACCAAGUUUGUGCCAGGGGCUUGAACAAACAGUGUAUUACAAUUCAUUCUAUCUUGGAAACAAGAUUUGUUCAUUACAAGUGGUUGAUGAGUCAAUUCUUUGAGUUUCACUUGCAUGUAUAGUGUGUAUGAUCUCAGUAGCUCUAGGUUGAGGGGAUUGACAGAAUGCCAAUGCUCCAGUCCAGUCAGAUUUAUCUUUGUUUUCUUUCUGAUAUUAAACUUGAGUUUGUAUGGGGUUUGAUGUAAUAUAUUUUAUUUUACCAUGUCA